AUGGACGCCGCCUCGAUCGAACAGAUGAACAAGGUCCGGGUGUCGCUCGGCAUGGCGCCUUUGCCAGUGCCGGGCAAGGACUCUGGACCUCAAUUCAAGCAACCAGAUGAUUCCGAGAGCGAGGAGGAUAACAUCAGCACGCUCGACAAGCGCCAGGCGGCGGCAGAUUCGAAUUGGCGCAAGCUGGAAGACGAGCGGAUAGAGAAGCUGGAGCGCGAAAAGCGUAAAGCUGCAGCAAAAAAGGCGAGAGAUGCUGCAGCGAGAUAUGCCAAGCUCGAAGGCAAGGGCCUGGGUGAAGCAGAUGACGAGCAGCUCGAUACAAGAUCAUGGCUACUGGGUCAGAAGAAGCGUCAGAAGAAGAUCGAAAAGGCGCGGAAGAUGGAGGAAGAGCUUGCAGAGCGCGAGAGAGAGGCAUUGCAGCAGCAGGAAUACACCUCAAAGGAUUUGGCUGGUGUCAAGGUUGGGCAUGAAGCUGCCGAGUUCGAAGAUGCCACCGACGAGCAGGUGCUUACACUGAAAGACACCACGAUCGGUGACGAAAGCGAGGAUGACGAGCUCGAAAACGCGGACCUGAAGGCGAAGGAGAAGUUGGAGGAGAACUUGCGCCUGAAGAAGAAACGACCAGAUUAUGAUCCGACCGAGCAGGGUGAGGAACGAGGAUUGCUCUCCAAAUAUGAUGAUGAGAUUGGCGGCAAGAAGCAGAAACGAUUCACGCUUGACGGUGAAGGCAAUACUGUGGAAGCUGCACGAAAGGAGCUCGAUGUAGACGGCGAAGUCAAAAGCAAAGGCGUGAAAAUUAGCCUAGAUAUGUUCAAGGAUGAUGCACCAAUCUCUGAUUAUGUCGACCCGAGCACGGUCAAGGUAAAGAAGCCAAAGAAGAAGAAAGAGAAGAAGACGAGACAGAAGGCUGUUGAUGAGGAUGAUAUCUUCCCAGAGCCUGCAGCAGCGCGACCUGAAGGAGAUGCAAUGGACGUGGAUGGUCUGGAAGGUGGUGCACCACCUGCCGGCAAGAAGCGGCCGUAUGACUUCGAAGACGAUGACGACCUACAAGCAAAGCUGGCAGAGUCACGGCGGCAAGCGUUGAAGAAGCGGAAGAAGAUGGACGCCACUGAGCUGGCCAGACAGAUGCGUGAUGAGAUGCCUGUGGACGAAGAGCAAGAUGAGGAUGGAGGUAUAGUCAUGGAUGAGACAUCGGAAUUUGUGGCCAAUCUCAAGCGACCCGAAGUGCCUACUGUCAAGAUCGAGACCGACGGUACGCCACAGCCUGCGACGGCCGCUGAGGGUGACGAAGCAGACGAGGACGGCGACACGGCGAUGGCUCAAUCGUAUGCAGAGGCGGCAGAUAAAGAAGACCGUCGUAAACUGAUCAAGCGGGAGACAUCUGGCACACCGGCCGCGAACGAUGGCACUGCCACUGGUCUGGAAAAUGAAGACGUGCUAUCCGGCACUGGCACCGGCGCAGCUCUCAAUAUGCUUCGCAAGCGCGGUCUAGUCUCCGACGCAGAUAGUGCCGGCCUCAGCCACAUCGAGCGCCAACGGGCUCAGUUCCUGGCAGACAAGAAGUCCUUGAUCGACGAAUACGACGUCAAGGCCAAGCAAGACCGCGAAGCUGACCGCCAAAGUGGUCGAUGGGAUCGCAUGUCGAAUCGUGAUCGCGACGCCUACGCUCGACAGCAGAACGAAGCACGUGAAGCCUAUAUCGCCAAACUACUCGCAGACAUGUUCAAUAAACAGUACAAGCCGAAUGUACAGCUCAAAUACCACGACGAGCAUGGAAGGGAGUUGCAGUCGAAGGAGGCUUUCAAGCAGAUGUCGCAUGCUUUCCAUGGCAAGGGCAGUGGGAAGCAGAAGACGGAGAAGCGGCUCAAGAAGAUUGAGGAUGAGAAGCGUGGGGCUGCGAAGGGGGUGUUGCAUGCUGGUGGUGAGGGUGGGUUUAUGGAUGUGCAGGGGAGAGAGGGCAGGAAGCAGAAACAGGCUGGUGUGCGGUUGCAGUGA